AUGGGCCAAGGAUAUAUUCGUAACAGUUCAGCCUGUAAAAGUAUUGGAAAGCACGGCCCGGCCCGGAGGAAUCGGCCCAAUAUACACACACCUAGCGACCACGGGCCACCUCUCCUCUCCACAUAUUGGAGCGGAGCCCGAACCGAGCAGAGAGAAACCCCUCUUCCCCUCCGUCCUCCCCUCCCCUUCCGCUCCCAGCUAGGGUUUUGCCCGCCCACCUGCCGUCACCGGACGCCCCUACCCGGCGCAGCCAGCGCGAUGGAGCCCACCUCGUCGUCGGCGGUGGCGAGGCAGACGUGGGAGCUGGAGAACAACAUCCCGGCGGCCGCCUCCGACCCGGACGCCAUGGACGCGAUCUACCGCUACGACGAGGCGGCCAACGCGCGGGCCCACCAGGAGAAGCCCUGGGCCUCCGACCCGCACCACUUCCGCCGCGCCAGGAUCUCCGCCCUCGCGCUCCUCAAGAUGGUCGUCCACGCCCGCGCCGGCGGCACCAUCGAGAUCAUGGGCCUCAUGCAGGGUAAGUUCGAGGGCGACUCCAUCAUCGUCAUGGACGCCUUCGGGCUCCCCGUCGAGGGCACCGAGACCCGGGUCAACGCCCAGGCCGACGCCUACGAGUACAUGGUCGAGUACUCCACCAUCAACAAGCAGGCUGGAAGGUUGGAAAAUGUGGUUGGCUGGUACCACUCACAUCCUGGUUAUGGAUGCUGGCUGUCAGGCAUUGAUGUUUCAACUCAGAUGCUUAAUCAGCAGUUUCAAGAACCAUGGUUGGCUGUUGUGAUAGACCCUACAAGGACUGUUUCUGCUGGUAAAGUGGACAUUGGAGCUUUUAGGACAUACCCAAAAGAUUACAAGCCACCGGAUGAGCCUGUGUCUGAGUAUCAGACCAUACCACUCAACAAGAUAGAAGAUUUUGGUGUUCACUGCAAACAGUACUAUUCUUUGGAUAUAACCUAUUUCAAGUCAUCCCUGGACUCUCACCUCCUUGAUCUACUCUGGAACAAGUACUGGGUCAACACAUUAUCUUCAUCACCACUUCUGGGCAACAGGGAUUAUAUUGCUGGACAAAUCUUUGAUUUAGCUGAUAAACUAGAGCAAGCUGAAGGGCAACUGGCACACAGUCGAUUUGGCAUGCUUAUGCCAUCACAGCGAAAGAAAGAGCAAGAGGAGUCGCCGCUGGCUAAGGUAACCCGGGAUAGCUCCAAAAUUACCGCUGAACAGGUUCAUGGUCUCAUGUCACAGGUCAUCAAGGACAUCCUCUUCAACUCUGUGCACCCGUCAAGCAAAAGCAAGGCAAGCGCAAGCGGAGCCGCCCCAGAUUCACCAGUGCCUGAGCCCAUGGUCGAAGCAUGA